AUGGCUCCAAAACCGGAUCAACGCUUGAUCGCUAUGGAGGCGAAGAUGGUAGAGUUUCAAAAAGAUUUAGCGGAGAUGAAGCUUACCUCGGAAGCAAACAUGAGCAACUUCGAGCGGAUCGAACGGAGGAUUGUGGAAGUAGCGGUGGAGCAACAACGCGAGAAGAGCUCGACUCCGAUCGUUGCGACCACUGAACCCGUUCACGCGACACCGACCUUCGUGCAACGAUCAGGAAAGGAGAUUGUAAGAGAAGCAUCAACUCAAGGAGGAAACUCGCCGAUGGUGGAGUAUGCAAGGGAGAAUCCGUCGGGUAUGCUUUUACAACAGCUAGGGCGACCGCCGGAUUCCUAG